AUGGCCACUCUCCACUGACAGAGGAGAGAACGCCUGUCAAGAAUGAUAAUAUUAUACCAAGACCGAGAUAACGUUUCGGUCUCUGGUCAGCAGAUUUGUGAAUGAUAAACGGACCGCGACACAAUGUGUCACUGAGUGAUCUCGUGAUGCUUUCGUAGAACGGUAGUUUUCCAAGAUGACGCGGAGCCUUCGGAUGUUGCUCGAGCCGGAGCGGCGUUUCGCGUUGGGUCUCCUGUGAUCGGAUGUAAAGGAUGUGAGAUCUGGGGGUAACUGACAUGGACACGACCGGGGACGGCUCUUCUCAACCAGAGAUUACAAACGACAAAGAGGGAUCGUGCUGCAGCUGCCGGCCGCCUACAGGUAACAACGAGCCGUCUGCUGUGCUCUCCGGUCAUUACUGUGACAACCACCGCUUAGCAGACGAGAUCUCCCAGAAUCGAACCGGCGACCGGAAUCCUCACGGGUCAACCCUUUCUGGUGACCCCGUGGAUGUACAGCACGGGGCGUGCCCGUCUGGAUGCAAUGCUGUAAUUCAAUGUGUUUGCACCGGGGCAACAAUGCUGGAUUUAGCCACAGGGGCAGAAAUGUCCCCCGCAUGCACUUAUAACCGUAAGACCGGCUCUGAGGUCGUCUUGAGCGAUUGCCGUGGGCAAGGGAGCUGCAUCGCACCCCACUCCCACCCCGGGGUGAUGGCGGGCACGUGUAUGGAUGGGCACACAUCCUCCUGUUCUGAUGCUGCUGCUGCUGCUGACACAAGCAGACACGCCGAUAGCCCGGGUAAAACGCCUCACACAAUUCACAAUUCCUCCCAUUCGUCCCAUGAAGACGUUAGGGAGACUCAAACUAAUCUGGCAGAUAAGACAGAUGGAGAUUCCUGCACGGAGAAUCUGAAUGUAUUGAACUUUCAAGGUAUGCCUGCAAACGCAAAGGAGUUAGAGUUCAAGUGUUGCAUAAGCACGAGCCAUGGCGAAGGGUCCCACAUGGAGCAGGGCUCGUUGUCAAACGGUAGCUGCCAACCUGCAGACCUUACUCUAACGGAGGACGGAGGUGAAGUUGUUGCGGAGACGGAUGCUGAGCUCCCAAACGGUGCAUUGGCGACAGUUGACGGUUGCUAUAUGGGGGGAGUCGAUGGGGAUUCGAACCUAGCUUUUCAUUCGGGAGAGAAGUCUACCUCCUUAUUUCCUACGGUAAUUGUAGUUGAGAGCCCUCUCCCCUCUCAGACAAACUCACAGGAUAACUUUUCUGGAACCUCUCUGGCCUCUACUGUAAGAACACUGCCGCCUAGCUCCACCCAAGACACUCCCAUAGGGCCCUCAGGGGCUGCUGUGCCCCUGGGUACCCCUAGCCCACAACAGUCCAAGGAAGAGAGGGAGGACCUUGUAGAAGCAGAGGCAUUGGAGGCCUCCUCGGGCCUGCGACUUUCCUACUGCGGCUCCCCAGCCCCGGACUUCCUCUCCUGUAGUACGAGCUGUGAGUCUGCCCCCGUCAGCCCCGGGUCCAGACCGGAGGCAGACCCCGACGAGGCUGAGCCUGAAGACACCUUCGACUACGAAUCGGAGGAGAACGAGCGUCCGGGGCCCGGCGUCACCCUGGGGCCCCGGAACACUUACGCCUCCAGCCGGAGACAAAGCGCCCCGGGGGAGCUGGCCAAGAGCGAGGAGCCCGGGGCGGGGGAGACAAACACGGACGCCACCCUCCAGUCCAGGAGGCCCGGGCUGGCCGACUACUUUGGCAGGGGCCUCUUCUCCAGGAAGCAGCGGCCCUCCAGCCAGAGUGCCCCGGGCUGGAAGCUGUUUGGUAAAGUCCCCCUCAAGGAGAGCCCCACCAAGAACGCCCGGACCAUCCAGCAGGAAAGCCACCCAGGGGGCAUGACCUCUGUGUCCACUCCUGACCUCUUAACCUCCGGGGAAUAUGAAGUGCGGCAAGGCAGGGCGUCGGCAGGCUCCUCCCCUACCCAGCAUGCCAUGGGGCGCAGUAGGAAGAACCUGGAGUUUGAGCCUCUGUCCACCACUGCCUUGAUCCUGGAGGACCGACCCGCGAACCUGCCGGCCAAGUCCCUGGAGGAGGCCCAGAGACACCGGCAGCAGUACAACGAGAUUGUGGCCGAGGCCAAGAAGAGAGAGCUCAAGGAGGCCCAGAAGAGGCAGAAGCAGGUGAGGGAGAGGUUGAAGCAGGAGGAGAGCAUCGCCAACGCCAUGGUGGUCUGGAACAACGACAUCCUGCCCCACUGGGACUCCAUGAGGGCCAGCCGCAGGGCCAGGGACCUGUGGUGGCAGGGCCUCCCCCCAAACGUCAGGGGCCGAGUCUGGAGCCUGGCCAUCGGCAACGAGCUCAACAUCACCCCAGAGCUGUAUGAGAUCUUCCUGUCCAGGGCGAUGGAGAAGUGGAGGACCUUCGAUGAGAGCCCUUCGGAGAGCGACGCAGACGACGGGGCGUCGCUGGCGGACCGAGAGUCCAGCCUGGAGCUCAUCAAGCUGGACAUCUCCAGGACCUUCCCUUCGCUCUACAUCUUCCAGAAGGAUGGGCCUUAUCAUAACCUGCUGCACAGCAUUCUGGGAGCCUACACCUGUUACAGGCCCGACAUCGGAUACGUCCAGGGCAUGUCCUUCAUAGCGGCAGUGCUCAUACUGAACAUGGAAGAGGCUGACGCAUUCAUCUCCUUCGCCAACCUCAUCAACAAGCCGUGUCAGAUGACCUUCUUCAGAGUGGAUCACGAGCUGAUGCUGAAGUACUUUGGGGCGUUUGAGGUGUUCUUUGAGGAGAACCUGCCUCGUCUUUUCAACCACUUCCUCUCCUCGAACCUGACCCCUGACCUCUACCUCAUCGACUGGAUCUUCUCCCUGUACACCAAGCCCUUCCCCCUAGACGUGGCUUGCCGGGUCUGGGACGUCUUCUGCCGGGACGGGGAGGAGUUCCUGUUCCGGGUGGGCCUGGGCAUCCUCCGCCUCUACCAGGACAUCCUGCUCCAGAUGGACUUCAUCCACAUAGCUCAGUUCCUGGCCCGCCUCCCUGACGAAGACCUUCUCUCUGAUAGGCUGUUCUCCUGCAUCGCAGCGACGCCCAUGCUGAGCGGCAACAGGAAGUGGAACCAGGUGUUCACCUCAUUGAUGAAGGAUCCUAAAGAGACCGAGAAGAGUGGGGGCAUGAUGCAGAGAAGCUGACCUCUGACCUCAUUCACAAUGAGACCUGCCUGAUAUCGAUAACCCUUUUUAACGUCUUCCAGGUUUGGUUGAGGGAAGAGUCGGCCAUCUUGAUCGGAACUUCUUCGAUUCUUUCAAGUUUGAUAGUAGGAGGAGGGUAGAGUUUUGAUGGUCAUCCUCUGGUAUGAGACGAUAAUGAUGCUGGCAUGAGUGGAGGCAUAAGGGAGGAGAUAUUAAGUGAAAUUACAUUUAAUUACAGACUUGAAUGGAAAAAAAAAUCAUUAUUACUAAUGAAGUUUUAAUAAUAUCAUAGCUAGUAGAGACAGAUCUAAAUGGUUUGUGUGUCAAUUAUGUGUUGCCUAAAUCAUGUUUUCCACCAAGCAACAUUUUGGACAAUAAAAUAACAAAAUAUAGAGAAGAAGAAACAAAGUGAACGGUUAUAGUGGAAGAUGUACACUAACAGUGACAGCUAAACCACAUAACUGACAUUGCAGUGGAAAAGCUGUGUAUGGACUGAGCAAUAUUAAUACAAGUGUUUAGGCAUAUCUUAAUGAAAAGUCUAAACAUGAAGUGCAUUGUUUAAGAUAGUAUUGUUGAAGUUAAGGUAAUUCUAUCCCCAUAGGAUACCUAAAUGAUAGCUCUGUCACUUUGUUUGUGUUUAUGUGUUUUUGUGGGUGUUUUAACAUUCCUUAAGACCGGGGCAAUAUGGACAAAGUCUUUCAGUGAUAGUAUUGUUCAGUUGUUCGAAAUGUGACAUCAGUCCUAUUUGUUGUUCAACAUAAUGUUUUUUAUUUUGAUAUUUGAAAUAUGAAACCAUCCAAGUCUGAUCCAUGUCACCUCCUCAACUGAACUCUUUGUGCAAUGAUAAGAUCAAUCCAUGUUUCCACUCCAACUCCUAUAAAAGCUGCAAAAGGGCUAUACAAUGGUUUUUUCCUGCUGGCUUGAUCAAAUCUAACCCAGAAGGAUCAAAUUAUAAUCCUUUGUCUUAAUUGAAUAUCUAAAAAAAUGUGUUUGGUAAGAUACGACCUCAACACCAUUUGACACUAUGUGGGUAAAAUGAUCAUAUAGCAUUGUUUUACGUUAUCCAAUAGAUUGAAACCAAGUAUGACUUCAAUCAGCCAGCUGGACUUUGUUGCUUUACUCCACCUGUUUAAAGGGAACCUUGUGUGUCUGUUUCCAGUAUGUCUGCCACAAUUAGGUCACAGCUUUCUGGUUCCAAUUUCAUGGUGGUCAUGUGAUCGUUGUGUAGCACUUGAGAGGGGAAUGUCGAGGCAGGAUCACCUGCAGUUUAAACCUGUGAAAUAUUCCAUCAUAAAUACAGUAUAGGGUGUACUGUAUUUGUGUGGAAGUGCACUCCAAAAAUGGAUUCUACACUUAAGUGUAUCUUGGACCAAGAGUUAUAAUGCUCUUAAAAUAGGGCCUUGAAAUGUUUUAAAAUGUCUAGGGUUUCUUAGGUAAAAGGUGUUUUGUUUUCAUUAUAUAUUUGUUUAUAUAAAUUCUGAAAUAUGAUUAAAGUUACAUUAGUUAUUAGAAUUGAGGACAAUUUCUCAACAACAAAAGUUAUAUGACCAUAUAUAUAUAUAUGACUGAUUUAACGGAAAUUUAAGUGCAAUGAAACAAGUCUUAGAGACCUGAGUAUAAAUAUCUCUGCAUAUUUGAAAUAAUAUUGUUAAAUUUUCACAUGCAACAUUUUCACAAUAUGUACUGUUUUGAAAAACUUGUCAAAAUGUGUUUAUCUGUUACAGACCUUUUUAAGAAUUUUCUAAAUAAUUUUGUAACAUUUUCACAUGGGACAAUUUCAUAACACCUAUUCUAAAUAUCUGUAAUACCUUUAAAACAAAUAUUUGUCCAAACAUUUCGUUUUAAUAUGUUUAUCGGGAAACACCAUUGAUCAUGAAUUUGCCAUGCUAAUAUGCAAAAUAUUCCUCCGCAGCUAGUAUAGUAUCUUCAUCUAGUGGAUGAAAUAUGAUGUUUAUUGUAUUAUAUUGUAUGGCUGUAAAAUGUAUCUCCAGCUUCUCUUUUCCUAUUCUUUGACUUCUGUAUAGUUUUCACAAGAAUAACUAUUCGGGUACACGAAAAGUAGAUGUACAUACUUUGUAAAUUGAUUUACCCUUGUUACAAUGUUCAACAACUGAAAUUAAGAAUCCUGUGAAUAAAUGAACAAUAAGAGCAUUUUACAACUGCCUUAUAAC